GUCGAAAUUGAGCUUCAGAGAAUUAAUUCUCAGCAGCAACCGCCAUCAUGGGUGCCACCGGCGAAGACCACCAUUAUCAUCCUCAGGAUACCAUUGCCAGGACGAUGAAGACCACGGGUCUUACUGGUUCCGUGGGUCUUUUCGCAUCGGCCGUUCAAAACACCCUCGCUCGGCAGAACGUGGGACCAUGGGGAGUUUUCACGAGGAGCGGUGCUACAGUUGGUAUCCUUGCCGCUAUGGGAGGUACCUAUGAAUUCGUGAAGACAUCAUCUGCCAACCUACGAGAGAAGGAAGACCACUGGAAUGUCGCUCUUGGAGGUUUCUUCUCCGGAGCAAUUCUUGGUCUGCGCGCCCGCACAUUCCCCGCUCUUCUUGGAUACGGCGCGGCGCUGGCCACCGCAAUGGGAGGAUUUGAGUAUACUGGUGGAUCAUUGUUCGGCAGGAAGAGAGACCCCAACGUUGACGAAUUCGAGCGCCGGGAGAAAUUGAGAACACAAUGGAGGACCCCGGGUGAGCAGACUCUGGCCGAGCUGGGCGAGGGACGAGGCAUCUACGGCCCCGGAUACGCAGAGAGACGGCGCGAGCGGAUCAAGGAGGCGUACGGUAUUGACGUCCCUGUCAGCCCCCCUGCGGCGUCAUGAAUUCAGUUUAAUCGGCGUCUCUUGUCUGUAAAAUUACCUGCACUAUAUCAAACGGCACGUCACACACACAUACAAUAAAUGGUUUCAA